AUGCUCGCUACCAACUUCGAUACACUGCCAGUGGAACUGCUGUCGUACAUCUGCGAACUCAUCUGCCACUCACACAGCCCUAGCUUAUGCGCUUUGACACUCGUAAACAAAAAUUGCGAGUCGAUAGCGAGCAAACAGCUCUUCCGCGACAUCUGGGUCUCGUUUAAACGCCUUGAGGAUGGACGCGUCUUAACAGACUUUGAGACAUGGGAGGCUCUACUUGAGCGUAGAGAAUGUUUCGAGAGUGUGCGAUCCAUAUCUGUCCGUGGCACGCUCUCGCCAGCUACACCUGUGAGGUUUUAUCACAAUCGUAAAGCUAUGAUUGAGCAGGCAGAGUGGCUAGAAGACGAUUUCGAUGCGUUCAGCAUCCAAGAGCCAGAAAUGGACGAGAGUGAGGGAAGUAUAUUUGUGGCGCUGGUUGGGCUGAUAGAGAAGCUCUCGUUCCUCAAAACGCUACGCUGGGCUGCCUUCGAGCAAUUACCGAAUUGCAUACUGAUGACUUUGCCUGGGCUGCGCAAAGACUGUGGACUCGAAAUGCCUGAGUUCAUAAGUCGUCACGCGGACGCUGAGCCUAGGCAAGAUCAGGUCUUGUUGACUAACUGUACAAAGCUUCGAAGUAUCACGGCAAGGACUGUCUCGGGAGACAGAAACGAACAUUUGCUGCUGCAUAUGCUCAGCGGUGCUACUCCUUCUCUCAAGGAAGUUCGACUCGUCAAAUGCGAGGUGUUGACUGCUUUCGGCGUUGACGCUUCCGAAGAAGUACUUCAUAGGAGGUCCAGAGCUAUUUAUGAACGAAAUGAGCUAAAAUCAAGGGCGAGACCCACACUGUUCUCCAUUCACGGUAAAGAUCCCAUCGAGCGACUGGAACUCGAGCGCUGGUUUGAAGCGGCUGACAUGUCGUCGCUACGGCGCCUUGAGCUCCGCUCUGGCGUUAAUUCUGCUGAGGUAUGGAGUCGCAUGAUGCGAGCUCAGUUCCUACCACACCUUCGGGAGCUGCUGCUUGGGUUCCCCUUCGACUGUACCACUGAACAGCAUGACGCGGCGACAGUAUGGAUGCGAGACUUGUUUAAAGUAAACAAUGUCGCAUUGCAAAAGCUCGAGCUCCGUGGAAACAUCCCACCCAGCCUGGUCAAUGUCACUGUACAUUCGCACGGCAAGACAUUGCGAAAGCUGAUCCUCAUUCCUGAAGCUCAUCAGGGUCACUCAUACCUCAGGUUCUCGUCUCGUGAUCUACAGAACAUCAACACAUUGUGUCCAGCUUUGGAGGAACUUGCUGUUCCCCUCGAAAGAGGACGUGCGGUCGGCAAUGAGUUCCAUGAAGCACACAGUUACGCUGCUUUGGGUCAAUUCGCCAGUCUGACACAUCUGCAUGUGAUCCUGGACUGCUCGCGAUGGGGUGAACUGCGACCCGACUGGAUACUCCAAGGCUCUGGAGAUGACGAGUUCGACGGCCGGACCUACUUUUCCCUCGACGCAAGACCUAUUCUUCACAGGAACGUUCGCUACGCUCUUGUGAACUCUGCUGUGGAUGAGACUUUGGCCAGAACUGUCUGGGGUCUUAUCACGGCGCGAAAACUUGGCCUACCACUUCACGAAUUGUAUGUUCAGCCUGCUGGAAGCAUGGAGCUCAUUACAGGCUUUCGACCCGAUGAUAGGCCGGAGCUUGCCAGUCGGUUAGUCGAUCUCUAUGCCAUGCUCAGGGAGGUCAGCAGGUCCUAUAAGAUCACUCGGCAUGUUAGAGAUGAUUUCGAUGAGCUUGUGGUGAGGGAGCCUCCCAAUUCGAUCCCGCGCGGCCACUGGUCGAAGCUUGAUAGAGAGGAGCGGGACAGGCAGGAAGUUGUUUGUCACUUGAAUGGCGUUGAGAUGGAGAUUUUCCGCCGGAUUUGGCCGAGUAGAAGUCUUAGUUGGAGAGAUGAUUGGUGCAGUCUGCAGCUACCGAUGCCAGAGCUGUCGACAUGA